AUGUCUGCCAUAUCUGAUAACGAUACUGAAACCGAAGUUGUGUCGAGAAACUUGUGCGGCGUAGUUGAUAUCGGCAGUAAUGGUAUAAGAUUCAGCAUCUCUUCGAAAGCUGCUCAUCAUGCAAGAAUUAUGCCAUGUGUGUUUAAGGAUAGAGUGGGAAUCCCCCUAUACGACCUUCAAUAUUCCAUUGAAAAUCAAGAACAAGUUCCAAUCCCAGCUGAUAUCAUCGAUGAAGUUUGCGCUGCAAUGAAAAGGUUCAGGUUAAUUUGUGAGGAUUUUGGGGUCCCUGAAACCAGUGUGCGUGUGAUUGGUACUGAAGCUAUUAGAAACGCUAUAAACGUAGAAGAAUUUGUCAGAGCCAUAUACAGAAGUACAGGGUGGAAUGUGGAAGUUCUUUCUGCUGAAGAUGAAGUUAGAACAGGUGUAUACGGUGUUGUAUCUUCUUUUAAUAUCGUAAGUGGAUUGUACUUUGAUCUUGGUAGUGGUACAUGCAAGAUUUCUUGGAUUCAGUGUUCUGAUGGUGAAAUAUUGCAAUCCUCAACUCCUUUGACGCUACCGUACGGAUCUAGUUCACUUACUAGAAGGAUGAAAACAGAGGAUAGUAAAAAACUGUUUUUUGAAAUAAAGGAAGCUUGCCAUGAUCUGUUAACAAAGAUAAAGAUACCAGAAAGCCUAAUCAGCUAUGCAGAGGAAAAUGGUGGUUUUGAUCUUAUGACUAGAGGUGGUGGUAUUAGAAGUAUGGGCCACCUGCUAUUGGCCCAGACUCCUGAUUACCCAAUUCAAACGAUUGUCAAUGGGUUAGCUUAUCCAUAUGAUGAAUUUUCUGGUAUGUGUGAUUAUCUAUUUGUUAAAGGCAGGAUUCCAGAUACUCAAGGAACUAAAAUUUUUAAGCUAUCUGAUAAACGGGCCAAACAAUUACCUGCUGUAGGAUUGCUCAUGUCGGCUGUUUUUGAUGCCUUGCCAAAGCUUAAUACAAUAUAUUUCAGUGAGGGUGGUGUCAGAGAAGGUUCUUUAUAUUCGAUUCUACCUAGGGAAGUCCGAGCAGAAGAUCCACUGUUAAUGGCCUCUAGACCAUAUGCUCCUUUAUUAGCAUCCAGAUAUCUAGCUCUACUGGAGACAGCAAUACCUGAUGAUGACAUUCCAGAGAUCGUACGUAGCAGAAUUGCUCCUGCUCUCUGUAACCUUGCCUUUGUCCACGCAUCCUAUCCAAAAGAAUUACAACCAACUGCAGCACUACAUGUUGCAACAAGAGGUAUAAUAGCGGGAUGUCAUGGCUUAUCACAUAGGGCAAGAGCAUUGAUAGGUAUAGCCUUAUGUUGUAGGUGGGGUGGAAAUAUUCCAGAUUUGGAAGAGAAGUACAUGCGUAAUUUAGAGGCCCUUGUGCUGCGCCAUAGCUCUAAAGUGGAAGCCAAGAGGAUAGUUUGGUGGACAAAAUACAUUGGUACAAUAAUGUAUGUUAUCUGUGGUGUACAUCCUGGUGGAAAUAUCAGAGAAAAUGUUUUCGAUUUUGUUGUUUCAAAUAGAAAAGAGGAAGCACUAAAUAUCAGCAGUUUAACCAUCAAGAACGAACACGAGAACGGCAAUGAAAAUAUUACUAAACACAAGCCUCGCGAAAUUGAAGUUUAUGUACGAAUAAGCAAAGAUGAACUGAAAACAAGUGCUAGUGUCCGUGCAAGAAUUAUUCAGCUACAGAAGAAAGUUAGGAAGCUGUCUAAGGGAAAUUUUGAGAGAGUAAAAAUUGGCGUCAAGUUUUACGAAGAGUACUGA